GUAAAAACGCUGCAAAUUUAUUGGUUUUGUAAUUGACAAUGUUUAACAUACCUGCACAUAUCUUCCGCACAUAUUCUGUUUAUUCAGUGUCAUUUUCUGAGACAGUUUUGCUGUUAAUUGCAAUUGUAGUCAUUGGCUCCCAAAGGGAUACUAAACACAAAUAUUUGGUGUUUCAUGUUAUUGCAAUGGUGUUAGUAAUUAAAAAGCAUCCCACGAGACUACAUGCCAAUAAACUUUUAAACCGAGAACAGUUCUGAUUGUUUCUAAUGUGAUAUAUUUUUGUAAACGAAUGAAUUAAGUAGUAUUUUUUUAAUAAAACCAAUAAACUUGCAUUUUUUUAACCUAAUUAAGCAAGCGUCCCAAGUCUGUCAGCAGUGUGUGCGUAUACUCAUUUUUCCAAGCUACAAAAUAUAUCACAGCAUGAACGAACUAAACCAUAAAGAGACAAAUAACGGAACGAGCUUUUUUAAAAGUUUGGCUUGUGGCGCGCAUGUCACUUGCUGCGACAGUUUUUACCCCUGAAGCGACUAGCGUUUUUCAUGAAGUAGCCUAUUCGGUUUGAAAACAUGGCGAGGCUAAGCGAGCAGGGAAUUCGUCUGAGUUGUAUGAGCCCCUCGUACUUGAACAGCAAUUCAACAAGUCAUACCUGGCCUUUCAGUGCAGUGGCCGAACUAGUAGACAAUGCAUCUGACCCAGGUGUUACAGCAAAGCAGAUAUGGAUCGACGUUGUUGUUGUAAAAGAGCAGCUAUGUUUGACCUUUAUAGACAAUGGGAAUGGGAUGACUCCAAGUAAACUGCACAAGAUGCUGAGUUUUGGUUUCACAGACAAGGGCAACAGCAAGGCCAGUCAACCUAUUGGUGUGUAUGGCAAUGGUUUCAAAUCCGGCUCAAUGCGUUUGGGAAAGGAUGCAUUGAUCUUCACCAAAAAUGGAGGCUGCAUCUCUGUGGGAAUGCUCUCCCAGAGCUACCUGGAGGCUGUUAAUGCCCAGGCUGUAGUCGUGCCCAUCGUGCCCUUCAACCAGCAGACGAAAAAACUUGUGGUAACAGAGGACUCAGAAGCAAGUCUGCAGGCUAUCCUGACACACUCCCUGUUUAGCUCACAGGAAGAACUCUUAGAGCAGCUGGAAACCAUCCCGAGUAAGAAGGGUACCAAGAUCCUGAUCUGGAAUAUUCGCAGGAACAAGGAUGGGAACCCAGAGCUGGAUUUUAACACAGAUAAAUAUGAUAUUCGAAUGCCACCAAUCCGUCCUGAGGACAUGGGAGCAGGUGGAAGGAAGAGAUGUUUUGGCCCUCAAAGGACAGAUCAGACCACACCAGAAAUGGACUAUUCUCUGAGGGCUUAUCUCAGUAUCCUGUACCUAAAGCCACGGGCACAAAUCAUCUUACGCCAGAAAAAAGUCCUAACCAAGCUAGUUUCCAAGAGCCUGUCCAGUAUUGAAAAUGAUGUUUACAAGCCUACUUUCAAUAACAAGAAGGUUAAAAUAACCUUUGGUUUUAACUACAAGAAUAAGGAACACUUUGGGAUUUUGAUGUAUCACAAGAAUCGUCUCAUUAAAUCUUAUGAGAAAGUGGGUUGCCAAGUCAAGUCAUCUGGUCAAAGAUCAGGAGUUGGUGUUGUUGGAAUCAUUGAGUGCAACUUUCUGAAGCCAGCACAUAAUAAGCAAGACUUUGAGUAUACCAAGGAGUAUAGACUGACACUGGCAGCACUGGGUAUGAAACUCAAUGACUACUGGAAGAAAAAAAGAGAACAAAAAAACAAAGAGAAAACACUCCGGGCCUUGGCAAGAAAAACCAAGAAAGAAGGUAUAAACAGAGAGGAUGAAAAAUAUGAAGACGAGGGAGAGCAGGACGAGGAAGAAGAGGAGGCUUUGCGCUGGAUUCAGUGUGAGGACUGUCUGAAGUGGAGAAGGUUGCCACCAGGGGUGAUCGCAUUACCAGAAAAAUGGACAUGCAGUCAGCACCCUACCUCUUGCUUUAGAAGCUGCUUAUUUCCAGAAGAAGCAGAUGAGAGUGAUGAUGAGUUGACACCAAGUUACCAGAAAGCAUCUAAAAAACAGGAAAAAGAAAGAAAAAACAGAUUGCAGGAGAAGGGGAAGGAUCAUUGUAGCCUGUCACCCGUCAGUGACCACGCAGAAAUUCCUGAAGUAGAGGAGUCAGAGUCUGACUGCCAGCUCCCUAAUGCUGAAGAAGAUGUCACAUCACUGUGCAGAAAGAGGAAAGCAACUUAUUCUGAAAAUUCAAUGGAAAAAAGGAAAUGCUGUGUGACAGAAAUUCAGAAGGACAAAGACACAGAGGGAGAAAAAAAAGGCGAUGGGGAUGUGGAGAGAAUUGACACGGGAGAGAUAGAGGGAGAGGCUGAUGAUACAGGUGUGGUCUUUUUUGGAAAGCAGGUCACACCAGUUGAUAUGACUAAAAAGGAUCAAAAUAAGUUUGCUUCAGCCUUGACCUGGGCUCAUGCCCCUGCUCCAACCCAAACAGUCAUGGUACCCCCACUCAGCAGAACAGAGGAUCAGACUCCAGUUCCCUUCUCCUCAGAGGGCAUGGACUCGGUAGCAAUGUGCCAAAGGCUAGCACAACUGGAGAGGGAGGCAGACAAGCUGCGCAGGAUUCUGGGAAAUGCCCCCCUUAAUCGCAGUCCUAAUAGGGAUGAGUCCUGCCACCCACCUGCCUUGGAUAUGCCUAAUCAUGAUAAACAGCUGCUGAGUCAGCGGUUGAAUGAGGAUACUGAAAAGUUGUUAUCCUUGGCUACAGAGCGAGAUAAGUACAAGAAAGAGGUAUCAGAAUUGCAGCAGAGAUAUAUGCAGGUACAAGAGGCAUGGGAGAAAGAGCACCAGGAACUGCUCCUUCUACAGGAUCAGUUGUCGGGGCCCCAGGGAUUCUGCUGGGGGAAAAAGCUGCAGUUGCAUGACCUGGAGGCUAAGAUAGAUAGAUUGCAGGGUGAAGAACAGGAUCUGGGCAGCAGACAGAGGCAGGAUGAGAAGAGGCUCACUCAGAAGGACACCCAAGACCAGAGCACAAGCAUGCUGUUUAACACCAAUGAAAGCAUCACCCUGAAAAAUCUGCAUGAAGUCAGGCAAAACGUGGUCUCCCUGCUUUCCUCAAUUCUGCCCCACCUUGACCUGCAGGAUAUCAGCUAUGACACUGAUGAUGUGGACAACAUCCUUCGACAGAUAAUUGAGGCUAAUGGACUUCAGUCAGGUCUGCAGAACUAAAUUGCAACCAUCAUGGCAGCUAUGACAAUGAUGGGAACAUACAAAUGGUACUGCAUCAGUGUCAUACCUCCAAAUUCCAUUCCUUUGUCAAAUUUACAAUGUAAUGAGUAGAAAUGAAACUGCAAAGACUCUCCAGAAAUCUGAGAAUGCAUUUUUUAUUAUCUCUUGCUUUAUAAAAGAUAGUGAUGAUUUCAAGGGCAUUUAUAACAAUUUCAACCACUUUUCUAGACUGGGUCGCAGGGAUUUAUCACACUUAUUUUCAAAUUAUUAAAUCAUCAUAUGCUGUUCGGAGAUGUUAAUAUUAUGAAAGCAUUAAGAAACAUCAUCCAAGUACACCUUCAAAAAAACACUGCAAGACAAAAGUGUAUUGUAGCCUGGCGUAGCUGUCAAAUGACCCAGUCAUUGGAAAUGCGUUCGUCUGGUUCUUUACCCAUGACUAUUUUGAAAGUUGAAGCACAUCCGUAGAUUUUAAUUUUGCUUUUGAGCUUUGUGCAUUUUUAGUCGUCUUAUGCAAUUACUAUCAGUACCAUCAGUUCUUAAAUAUAAAGUCAUGAUUUUGGUGAAA